UUGCGGUACAAUAGAAAAAGUACAUCAUAUACUGAUUAAACAGCUGGAUAUGAAUACGUGUAUACACCACAGGUGUAGGUGAACACACUCUAGGGCAGGUCACCAUAAUAAAGUUUGCUUGUAUGGCACUUAUGAAAACCAAAAGAAAACAAUAAAACAGGGUUUUCUGAAUAAACAGGCAGGAAUAUGGAACAAAAGAUGAGUAAAAUGUAAAAACGAGUGGAUUAAAAAUAAUCAGAAAUACUAUAAGAAAGCGCCAGGCUGUGUGCCUCUCUCUCCUUCCGGUCCUCUAUCCUCCAGCUGUUAUUAUAUUACAAUCCUACAUAUUGUUCUUAUAUCUUAUCUUUCGGCCGGUAGCUAGUCCCGCAGCUUUGAGAAAACCCUGACAGUAUUUACAUCAGCACGUGCUGCUAAAUCGGGAAUGGUGCACUAUGACUUUUCUUAGCGGUUCAAGUAACCAUGGUGACGUCAACGGUGAAAAACGUCGUUAGUUUUACCUUAGAGAAUAUAUGGAGAUACUGUGUGAAACAUAGAAACAUGGUUGGUUAAUAAUAAUUACAAUACCAAUAACAUUAUUUAGAAACUUUACAUUAUUUAGAAACUUUACAUCCUGCAUAAUGAAUACUUUCAGUAUAUUUUGGUGCAAAUACUUUUUGAAUGUAAGACUUUUAAGUGUAACAGUAUUUCUACUGUGUGACAUCGUUACUUCUAUCUGAGUACUCCUGUUUAGAUCCAGGCUCCGCCCCCCCGGGACGUUCCGGGACAGAGAUCACACACCUUUAUUUAACUCAUUAGCUGUAUAUUAUUAAGGUAAAACUAAAACUCUCCUCUGUGGUAUUUAACAUUCGGUUUCAGUCGUUUGACUUUAAUCAACAGUUACAGAAACUCUUGAGAAAUAUUUUUGCUACCGCUCAACAACAGUGUUAUUUGACGGUUAAUUAACCGCCUCCUCCAGAGGUCCAAAGGUAGGAAUGAAACGCAACCGGUUUCAGCCUACGGCAUCCCGCGAGGUCAUAACUAAGCUAAACGGUGGAACAAACAGGAAACGGGCAACAACGUCUUUCUGAAGUUUUACAUUACUGGUCAUUUAUCGUCGGGCAGCAGGUUAAACUGACGGGGGUCCGCUCGGUUUACCUCCGCGCUGCCUCCCGUCCGAGUCUGCUGUCGGCGGGGAUCCGUGUCGUCGUAGUUAUUCUUGCUAACGUUCAAACAGCCCCCGGGUGUAGCUGCCGUGUUCAGUUUGACGUCAGCACGUUUUCUCCAGCAGUGAGCCGCCGGGAGAGAAGAUGUCCGGCAGCAGCAGCAGCAGCAGCGGCGGCGGGUUCAGGUGGACGGUGGUGGUCCUCACCUGCCAGCACAAAGACAGCGUCUACUCCUUCCAGAGAGAGCUGGAGUUGCGGCAGCAGCGUGGCUCUCUGUGGGAGGGUGCGUUGGUUUUGACAGUGCGGGACCGCCAGGAGCCGCUGGGCAGUGGGGGGGCGACGCUGAACGCUCUGCUGGUCGCUGCUGAACACCUGAGCAACAGGGCCGGACACACUGUGGUGACAGCCGACGUCCUGGAUGACGCUCACAUCCUCAUCCUCCACACAGGGCGGGACUUUCCCUGGAGCUCCUGCAGCAGAGCGUUCUGCUGGCUGCCUCCAGAGAGACCGGACCGGAGGGUCCUGGCUCCGGUCUGCUGUCUGGACCUGCUGCUGGACUGCCUCAGUACCCAGGUCUGUCCCGGUUCUCCUCCUGGUGUCUGGGUCUGCAGCACCGACAUGAUCCUCACCAUCCCUCCAGACUUUGCUCUUUCCUGGAAGGGUUUCUCUGGUGUUCGUGUUCUGGCGUUACCAGGUGAUGUCUCCUAUGCAGCCAGUCACGGAGUCUACCUGUCGGACCAACAGGGUCAGGUCAGAGACAUCAUCUACAAAGGGACAAAGGAGCAGAUUCAACAAGCUGUGAUGCCUGAUGGGAAAGUGCCUCUGGUGUCAGGUCCGGUCUUCUUCAGCAGGUCCGUAUCAGAGAAGUUGUUGCAGACUCACGUCUCUCCUCCUCUGGACGGCUGCACCUACCUGGGCCUGGACUCUGGAGCUCCGCCCCUGCAGAUCUCGCUCUUCCUGGACGUGUUGAAGUGUCUCUGCUCAGAUCUGACUCAGGAUCAGUUUGUGAGUGAGGAGAGAGUCGGCUGCAGUUCAGCUGUUGGACCACAGGGGGCCACAGUGAGGGGGGGCAGGACGGAGCUGUGGAGGAUCCUCAGAGGGACUCCACUCAGAGUGGUGUACGUCCCCGGCGGUCACUAUGACUACCUGACUCUUUCUGGGAAGCAGCAUGUGGACCGACUCACCUGUGACCGGACGAACAGAAACACUCUCUCUCACAUCCAGAGAGAGGGCGAGGUGAGUGAAGGAGCUCAGGUAAUCAACAGUGUCAUGGAGGGAGACGUUGCCGUGGCGACCGGAGCAGUAGUGCAGCACUGCCACCUACAGGGGCCUCUGGUCGUCCCCUCAGGUUGUUUACUGUCGGGUCUCGAGUCGCCAACAUCACAGAGCAUUCGGCAGCUGAAACUGGCCGAUGACAUCAUCAUCCAGGGACAUCGCAUCGAGCUGGGGGAGUUGAAGCUGAAUGUCUUCACAGUGAUGGGAGCGCAGGACGACCUGGAGGUCUCCUCUGAUGACAGUAAUGCCUCCUUCCUCAACCAGAGAUGGAGUCUCUUCUACAGCAGGACAGGAAUACAGCCGGAGGAGUUGUGGGUCAGAGGAGAACGGCGCUCCCUCCUGGAGGCUCGUCUCUUCCCGGUGCUCCACCCCAGAGGAGGUGCUGUGGGUCUGGAGGGAGGCGUCGGCUGGCUGCUGGGGGGAGGCGGCUGCCCGCGGAGGUGGAGGGAGGCGUGGAGGCUGUCGUUGAAGGAGGUGCUGUCACUCACCCAGCAGAAUGCGGAGCUGCAGUGGAGGGAGGAGUUACUGUUCCUGGUGGGGAGGAGGAGAGUGAUUGAUGCCCUGAUGAGUCAGACAGACGUCUGCCUGCUGCCUUGCUUCAGGGCGGCGGUGCUGGGAGGCCAGCAGGGGGCGCUGCUGGAGACACUGGACAACAUUGCAGCAGGGAGCAGGGAGCAGGGGGCGGAGCCAGGUGCAGAGCUGGACGUGGCCGCGCGCUGUCUCUCGUGUAUCGCUGAUGUGCUGGUGUGUAUGGCGGGGGGGAGGGGCGGUCUGAGGAGUGGACCUGCGGCUAACGAAGCCUGGAGCUCCGCCUACCUCCUGUUGGAGGAGGGUAACCUGAGGGGCGGAGUCCAGGCCCUCGCAAUGCAGAGAGUUGAUUGGCUCAGCAGGCCAGACCUGCUGGUGCGGGCGGCGAGGCACUACGAGGGCGCCGGACAGGUGCUGCUGCGACAGGCUGUGAUGUCAUCACAGAGGUUCAUCUCCAUUGGUCAGGGUGAAGUUCCGCCCCUCGAGGAGUGGCAGGAAGUGGAGUGUCCGGCCAGACUGGACCUGGCAGGCGGGUGGAGUGACACACCUCCCAUCGCCUUUGAGCACGGCGGCUCUGUGACCAACGCCGCCGUUAGGAUUGAUGGGAAGCGUCCCAUCGGUGCCAGAGCCCGUCGCAUCGCAGAGCCCCGCCUCCUGCUGGUCAGCUACGCCGGAGGGCGGGAGAGUGGGGUUUCCAUGGAGACAGUGUGCAACAGCCUGGAUGACCUGAGGGACUACUGUCAGCCGCACGCACCUGGAGCCCUGCUGAAGGCGGUGUGUGUGUGCAGCGGCCUGGUUUCCCUCUCCUCCCAGCAUUCUCUGGGGCAUCAGCUGAUGCAGAGGUGGGGGGGAGGGGUGGAGCUCCACAGCUGGUCAGUGCUGCCCACCGGAUCUGGACUGGGGACCAGCAGUAUCCUGGCGGGGGCGCUGUUGGCUGCAGUCUACAGAUGUACCGGACGAACCUACAACACAGACUCCCUCAUCCACGCCAUCCUGUACCUGGAGCAGAUUCUCACCACAGGUGGAGGCUGGCAGGACCAGGUGGGAGGUCUGGUGGGCGGAGUUAAGGUGGGUCGUUCCAGAGCGUCUCUGCCCCUGCAGGUAGAGGUGGAACGUCUCAGCCCUCCAGAGGACUUCCUGGUGUCUCUGGAGCAGCACCUCCUGCUGGUCUACACCGGAAAAACCCGCCUGGCUCGAAACCUCCUGCAGGAUGUGGUUCGGAGCUGGUACAGCCGUCUGCCUUCGAUGGUCCAGAACGCCCAGCAGCUGGUGGCGAACUCAGAGGAAUGUUCCAGAGCGUGUUCAGAGGGCUCUCUGUCCAGACUGGGUCGGUGUCUGGACCGCUCGUGGCAGCAGAAGAAGCUGAUGGCUCCCGGCUGUGAACCGGCCUCCGUCAGAACCAUGAUGGAGGCUCUGAGGCCGCUGGUCCUGGGUCAGAGCCUGGCCGGGGCCGGAGGGGGGGGCUUCCUGUACCUGCUGACCCGGGAGCCUCGGCAGCGGCAGGCGGUGCUGCAGGUCCUCAACAACACGCCGGGUCUGGGAGACUUCAGUGUUCACUCAGUGGAGCUGGACAUGGACGGCAUCACAGUCCUACCCCCACCCUGAGGACAUGACUGUCCCGUAGUCUUUUACAAACCCAGGACUCGUAUGGCGACUCGAGACGACACAACAUCCUGUUCGUCCCGACAUCUGUAAAAACCCAGAUGUGAUCUCAGCAGCUCAGUCAGUGCGACCUUCAGGUUCUUGGUUUCCUCUCUAACCGAGAUCCUCCUCACGGCCUCUGCUCUGAUCUGCAUCGUCAGCUGUGAGACCUGAUGUAGACAGGUGUGUUUACCGCAGGUGGACUCAUCUCAGAGAUGAUCCACAGAAACCUAAAGUGUCUGAAUACUUCUGUCAAUGGGAUUUUUCAGUUUUUACUUUUUAAUACAUUUUCAAAAAUCAGUAAAAUUCAGUUUCCACUUUGUCUUGACGAGUUUAGAUUGAGGAGAGAAAAAAUGGAUUGAAAUGAUUUUAGCAUGAAAAUGGUGACGGGGUAUUUUCAUAUCAGCACAUGUGAAAAAGGAAUAAAUUUAACAAAUAUCUGGAGUUUUAAUUGAAA